UCCGCGUCUAUGAUCCUUGAGUAGACGAUGAGUGCGACAUUGACAUGCCGGAACGACGCCUUUGAGCUGUUCCAUCCACGAAUCCCUUCGAUCAUACGCAUCGCCAUCGUCAUCGUAAUCAUUAUCGCCAUCUUACACCACGAGGGGCGGAGGAGGCCCCCGGUAAAUUUGUUGUGCUUGAGAAGAGAACUCGUACAUACACAGCCAGGCUUCAGGGAGGCUCCGUCACUCUGACUCUAUCAGAUCAUUUCACCACCAGGCAAAUGCAACAGAGCGGUAUGUAUCAUCCAGAGCUGAUGGACGAGUCACUUGACUACGAUGACGUGGAUGAUUGUGGUAACCCGAGUGUAUCGCAAUACCAGCCUUUGACUACAGUGGACAGAGACUUUCAAGUUGAACACAUCAUCGACGGCCAUCUUAUUGCAGAUUUCAUUCAAGAUGCCUCAAGAGGCGUACUUCGUAGCGGCGCUACCGCGACAACUGGACCAGUUUCAGUCUCCUAUUUCGUCCAAGCUCGCACCCAGCCUGUGCUGCAGAACGCGCCGCCGCUGACAGGAGUCGGCGACCCGAAUGACGACUCGAGCCUCAAAAAUGUCUACGGACGCAUCAUGGAGACUGUCGGGUCUAGGAAAAAUGACGUGUACUUCGUGGGCCUUGUCGUCAACAUUCACAGAUACAAAACGAUAAUGCUGAAAAACAAAGACCCCAUGAGCCCAGCAAAAGUCUUACUCCGGAUCACAAGCGGAAGCGUAGACGAUGCGGCGGAAGUGCUCGGGGCGAUCAGAGGCACAAUUGCAGCAAUGAUCUACCUUAACCGCCAAAACACACCAAAUGUCAAAGGCAACCUGGCGCAUGUUGCCAAUAACAUCCGCGCACAAUGGCUGCAUUCACAGACACUGUAUAACGCGGCCAACCCUAAUGCCCCAACAUCAGUUGCGCAGUUCUGGUCUAAAUGGAUCAAAGAUAUCUUUGGCACCGGUUCAUCACAAAAUACAGGGAUUGGUGUUAGGCCACUAUUAUUGAGUUAAGGAAAUAUUGGGGUGUAAGGACGGACGACGAAAGCCAGGAGAUUCUGGAUGGGCUGUCAAGCUUAGAGGCGCGCUUGAACACGCUGGCC